UAUUGCUUCAUUCAUUCCAUUCAUUCAUUAGCUAAAGACAGACAGAAGGACGGAAUCCAUCUUCUACCAUCGUCCAAGAUCAACAAAAAAUGACCAACAAAAAAACAACAUUGAGUGGGAUUUGAAGCUGGUUCAAGUUCCUUAAAGACUCUGCUCCUUAGUUGCCUGAAGUUGUUACAUAAGAAGUUCUGUUUUGCGUGUGCGAGGCACAAAAGGAUGGGGUUUCUCUCGCUUUUGGAGGUGGCUUCUAUGCCUGUAGUUCAAGUGCUCUUAAUCGGCACAUUGGGAGCUUUCAUGGCAACUGAUUACCUCAAUCUUCUUUGCACCGAAACAAGGAAGUCCUUAAACAAGAUAGUGUUUGCGAUUUUUACCCCAGCACUUAUGUUUGCAAGUCUGUCCAAGACUGUCACCUUUCAAGACCUCAUCAAUUGGUGGUUCAUGUUUGUGAACGUUGGUUUGAUCUUCUUUUUUGGAGGAUUACUUGCAUGGAUAGCAAUAAAAUUACUCAAACCAAGGCCUCAUCUAGAAGGCUUGAUUAUGGCUACAUGUGCAUCGGGAAACUUGGGAAAUCUUCUCUUAAUAAUAAUACCCGCGAUCUGUAACGAAGACGGUGGACCUUUUGGUGAUAAUCACGAAGCAUGUAGUUCCCUCGGUCUUUCGUACGCAUCGCUUUCCAUGGCUCUUGGAGGUUUCUUCAUUUGGACUUAUUGCUACCAAUUGAUUAAAAAUUCAGCCUUGAAACACAAAGUUAAUCCAAUUAGUAAUGAAAUAGCAAAGAGACCAAACAAAGAUUUAGAUGGUGAUCAUAACAUCACUCUGCUCUUGGAGGGAGGACAAUCUGAAAAAUCAGAUUCUAUAAUUGGAGGAGAAAAUGAAAGGGUCUCUUCUGAAGCAAAUUCAAGCAAGUUGGAAAUGGAGAAGACAUCUACAUUGAUAAGUGUAUAUGAAUUUUUCAAACAAAUAUUGAUGGAGCUUAUGGCACCUCCAACAUUUGGUGCAUUGAUUGGCUUUGUGUUUGGAUCAAUUCCAUGGCUGAGAGACCUUCUAGUUGGCAAAGAUGCUCCUCUUCGCGUUAUCCAAGACUCAAUAAAACUCUUAGGUGACGGUACAAUUCCUUGCAUUACCCUCAUACUAGGUGGAAACCUUGUCCAAGGGUUACGUAGCUCGAGCAUGAGAAAAUCUACGAUAACUGCAGUUGUAUGCAUAAAAUGUAUAUUUCUUCCUAUGAUUGGAAUAGGGGUAGUAAAAGUAGCCGGAAUCCUUGGAUUUCUUCCAGCAGAUCCUUUAUAUCGAUAUGUCCUGAUGAUUCAGUUUGUUCUUCCUCCUGCAAUGAACAUAAGUACAAUGACUCAGCUAUUUGAUAUUGCACAAGAGGAAUGUUCAGUGCUAUUCCUUUGGACUUAUCUUAUGGCAUGUGUAUCUAUUACUGUAUGGUCCACUGUUUUCAUUGCUAUAUUGUCUUGAAGAAGAAA